AUGGAAGAAGCCAACGUGGGUCUGCGGAACUGGAUUAUUGCAUUAUCUUCUCUUCCUUAUUACAUGAAAAAGAGGCUAUAUAAACACCUCCACCACUACGCUCAAAGCUUAUGCCAAAGCAAAGCCUGGUUCCAAGAACAAGAAAAAGAAGAAGAAGCGCAAAUGGCCAAGGGUCGCAAAUUCCCCACCACGACCCGAAGCGAGCGCUUCUUGGGAACAACCUAUUCCUCCCAGGGCUCCGCCGCCUCCGUCGACCCCUCCGAGUUCCGGGAAGAGGACGUGUGGUUCACGCCGGAAGACCGCGAAGGAGACGUCAAUGCCUCGCCCGGCGAGUGGGAGCCACGCGCGUGGCCGCGGCGACGGAACAGCCGGGAGCAACAGGGACACCGCCACGUGGGGGGCUUGUCGUUGGCGUUCGAGGAUCCGAAUGGGUCCGGUGGCGGUGGUGGUGGCACGAGAAUCGUGCACCACCAGUACCGCGCGCAGCACGACGCCGUUUCGUCGUCGCCACGUGGACGCCAACACCAAAUGGCCACUUCAGCGCCCGUGAACGUGCCCGACUGGAGCAAGAUCCUCCGGGUCGACUCGGUCGAGUCGCUGCACGAUAUGGACGACGCAUUCGACGACAACGAUUCCGAGAUGGUUCCGCCGCACGAGUACCUCGCGCGCAGCCGCAAGAUGGCGGCGAACUCCGUUUUCGAGGGCGUGGGGCGCACGUUAAAGGGCCGCGACAUGAGACGGGUUCGCGACGCCGUUUGGAGCCAGACCGGAUUCAACGGCUGA